GUCAGAUCCAUCUUCACCUGUUGACCCUUCCCACAAGCCCUCGUACUUGAAGCUCAGUUGUGCAGUUAGUGGAUACGGAAAAUACUCUGGAUACAGCAUGUACAAAGAUGUUGCCAGGCGCUCGCCAUGUUCAAGCCAGAGCUCUCUAAAGUCAGAUAUGAGUUCGCCAGACACCAGUAUGCUGGCUGGACAUGCAUCAGAAGAAGAGUCCAUUUCAGAGAAGAAGGCUAAACACAGAUCACUGGGUGGUCAAAGGUCAGGCAAUGUGACCUCACCUGUCAUUGCUGUUAAUGGGCAUGUCCCGAGUUACCCAACAGGAGAUACUAAGAAAGAUGGGGAGUAUUUUCUCCAGCACACUCAGUUUGAGGAGGAGAGAAUCAGAAGUUUGUGCCUGCGGGCUGAGGCACAUACAAGAGCACAGGAUCUUCCUGAUGAAGCAUCAGGUAAAAUCCGGGCAGCAAUCGGCAAAGCAAAUUUGUUGAUCACUCAGAAGUUUACCCAGUUUAGAGAUCUUUGUCAAAACCACAUGCAACGAAGUCCGGACGAGAGGGAAACCAAAUGGGAGGAUCUCCAGGGUUACUGGGAUAUUGUGAGGAUUCAGCUUGACCACAUGGAUGACAUGUUUGCUGAGAUUGAGUUGAUGCGAGAGAAUGGUUGGCAAGAGGUGCUGGAUAUGGGUUCCAGAUAUAGUUCUGCAAGUUCUAGUCCAAAAUCAGGCACUGUUUCUCAGAGCAGCACACCAGCUGUCACACCGUCACAUACACCAGGCUCAAAACGCCGAAACUUAAGACAAAAUAAAAACAACAAAGACACACCAGACUCUUCCCCUGAGGAAGCUCAGAAAGCCAGGCAGACUUUGAAAGCCAGAGAUGAAGCCAGAAAAAAGCUACUGGCAGAAAAACGAGCAGCAAUGAAGAUAGCCACGGCAGCUGCCAGCGCAGAACCGCAAGUGGAGAUAUUUUUACAAGACCAACCUGGCAAAUGA